AUGGUCAUCAAGAACUGUUGGCACAACUGCCCUGUCUUCAGCCUCAUCAUCAGGAUCCUGCAGGAUCUGGGUUACAGGAACCACCUGACGGCCUUCGUGUUCAUGACGGAGCUGCUGCGGUGCCCGGAGGUGGCAGCCAUGGUGGAUGACACCACCGCCCACGUGCUGGCCGGCUGGUUCCAGUGCGAGGAGGUCACCGUGGUGAAGCUACUGCUGCGGAUUGUGGAGAUCUUGGUGCUGCACGGGGACUUGGUGAAUGGGGUCAGGCAGCUCCACCUCCUCCAGCCCUACGUGCUCAACUGCUGCUACUGCGUGGACGGUGAGAUCGUGGCGGAGACCUUGCGGGUGCUGAAGUGCCUCGCGCAGCACCUCACCUGGCAGAAGUCCUCCUCCUUUCUGGUGCAGAUCACCUUCACGCUCAGGGCCUUCUUCGAGGUGGAGUCAGAGCAUCUGCGCCUGAUGGCCUUUGAGAUCUAUGGGACCAUCUUAGCCAAGGUCAAGAGGAGGCGCCUCGUGUUCCCCCUGAAGCACCAGGUGCUCAACCUGCUCAUACUCCUGGUGCUGCACCUGGAGGACAGGAACGCCGGCGUGGUGGAGGCUUGCCGGCCGACCCUCCGCCGCAUGGCCACCAUCCUGGGCUGGUGGAGGCUCAAGGCCAUAUUUGCCCAGAAAGACGUGUGGACGAUCCUCAGGGCCCUGCUGGAGCAGGAGGCUGGCAAAGCCCUCUGGUUUCUGAGACAGAGUGUGGCCCUGUUCAAGAGCCCGCAGGCCCCCAUCCGCCAGGCCGCCGUGUGGUUCGUGGGCCAGAUUAUCCAAACCCUAGACAUGGACGAGGGAAAUGAGAUCCAGGAGGCGUAUACAGCCCUGAGGUCGAUGACGGCAGACCCCGAGGCCGAGGUCAGCUGCCUCACCAAGCAGACCCUGUAUGUCUUGGAAGCCAGGAAGAACCUGCCGGUCGAAAGCCCGACGUCCUGCUUCUGUAGCUGGAGACUCUGAAAAAACCAGGUCUGAGGCCGCACCGGGUAGCGGCUAUGACCUGGGCCAGGUUCCUGAGCCUAAACAGGAGAUGGAGGCAUGCCCUGCAGACGCUCAGUA